AUGCCUUUCUUCAGAGGAAAAAAUCUUUUUUCCUCUGCCUCUGCUGAAAGGCGGGAGAAAGAGAAGGAUUGUUAUUUGAAUAAUGGAAGUUUGGUGCUUGAGGAGUUUCUUGCUUUAUGCGACGGAAAUUGCAGAAUUCCCAUCCGUUACUUCACUGCCAUAGAAAUCGACAAUGCAAUAAAACACUCUAAAAGAAAAAUGGACCUUGCCAAGGGGUCUAUGGUUAUGGGAUCGCUAGACAACCGCCUUGUUUUAGUUAGGUUCAAUACAUGUACAUUAAACAAUAUCCACCGAGAUAUAGCAGUUACUGCUCAGAUGAGUCAUCUCAAGAAUGUGCUGAGACUUGUCGGUUGCUGUCUAGAAUUUGAAGAACCAGUUCUGGUGUAUGAAUAUGUUGAAGCUAUAUCUCUUUUCGAUCUAAUUUACAAAAAGGAUGGUCAAAAUAUAAAAUCGCUAUUAUCUUGGGGAAAUCGAUUACGAGUUGCACGUGAGGUUGCUUCUACAAUCGUUUUCCUCCAUACUGAAUUUACUACACCCAUCAUCCACAGAAAUAUAAAGCCUCACAAUGUAAUAAUAGAUCAGUACAGCGGGGUUUCCAAAAUAUUGAACUUCUCACUCUCCAUAGCAUUGCCUCCAGGGGAAUUGGAGUUAGUAGAUGAUGUGCGUGGAACAAGUGGGUAUAUAGCUCCCGAAUAUCUCCAGCAGGGUAUUAUUACUCAAAAAACAAAUGUCUACAGCUUUGGGAUUCUUCUCUUUCAGCUAUUAACCGGAAAGGACAUGAACAGUAUUUCUAGAAGAGCGGAUUUUACAAAUUCAAAAGAGAGAAUAGAUUUUGAAGAGGACGCUAAAUCCAAUACAGAAGAGGGUAGUGAUAUGAAUAGCCUGGAUUCUGUAAUUCUGGAAGAGACAAUAGAUUCUAAAAAUCUUCCAAUCAACUUUGUCGAUCGCUAUAUUAAAGAGAGUAAUGUAAUGGAUAUUACGGAUCCAACUAUCUUAGAAGAGCAUGGAAUUGAGAUUCAACAACAAUUGAAAGACUACUUGGAUCUUGUUAAGAAAUGCACAGCUGACAAGGGAGAUGAUAGACCAUACAUUAUUCAUGUCGCAAGGGAAUUAGGUCGAAUUGGAAAGUGUUUAUGUGCCCACACUCUUGGUCAAAAUUAA